AUGGAGUCAAGCCCUGUUCCUGGAGACUUCAUCAAGUUCCUCCCCGUUUGUGGUUCUGUCUAUAUGAGAUGGCAGAGGAGGGGAGGGAGAGAAAGAAAAACAGCACUUCCAGGUGCUCGGCUGCCUCUUCCCAGACCGAGCGAAGCGCCCGCGUGGCCGCCACCCACGUCCUCCUUCCCGCGGCCCUCAGGAGACCGCGCUUGGCGGCAGUGGACCGCCAGCAGGUCCAAAGGUGACAGUGUGGGAGAUUCCGUCCAUGGGAAACCUUCCGUGGUGUACAGAUUUUUCACAAGUCUUGGACAGGUCUAUCAGGCCUGGCUGGACAAGUCUACUCCAUACACGCCUGUGCGAUGGGUGGUGACGCUGGGCCUGAGCUUCAUCUACAUGAUCCGAGUUUACCUGCUGCCAGGUUGGUACAUCGUGACCUACGCCUUGGGAAUCCACCAUCUAAAUCUCCUUAUAGCUUUCCUUUCGCCAAAAGUGGAUCCUUCCUUAAUGGAAGAUUCAGACGAUGGCCCCUCGUUACCAACCAAACAGAAUGAGGAGUUCCAGUCCUCCAUUCAAAGGCUCCCAGAGUUUAAAUCCUGGCACGUGGUGACCAAGGGCAUCCUGGUGGCCAUGGUCUGCACCUUCUUUGAGGCAUUCAACGUCCCGGUGUUCUGGCCCAUCCUGGUGAUGUACUUCAUCAUGCUCUUCUGUAUCACGAUGAAGAGGCAAAUAACGCACAUGAUCGAGCACCGGUACAUCCCGUUCACGCACGGCAAGAAGACAUACAAGGGGAAGGAGGACACGGGCAAGACGUUCGCCAGCUAGACGCGGCCGCCCUCCGCGGGCCCAGGACGGCCACGAGUUGCUGUGACGGCGCCUUCUUUCCUCACAUAAAGUAGUUGAUUACAAGGGAGUUAUUUUCUUUUUGAAAAGGAGC